GCUCCGUCCCGGCUCGGCGUCCCGGCGGCGGCGAGAGGGGGGGACCCGGCACGAUCGGGCAUCGCCUGCGCAGCUCCGGGGGGGCCGGGCGAGGCUUCCCCCCCCCGCCCGGUUCGCCUCCCGUCCCUCCCCGCCGCGUUAUUAAUAUCCAGCCCCAAAGGUGCGCCCAGCCCUCCCCGGCCGCCCGUUAACCCUUGGGGGCCCGGAGCUCCGGCGGUCGGGGAGGGGGGGCCGGUGGCGUUCCGGGGGGGCGGAGCUGCUGCUUCGCAGCACCUGCACCCCCCUCGGGACCCCACCAGCCCCAGCAGCAGGGGGGAAGAGGCACCAGGACCCCCCUACAAGGUCGUAUCCUGAUCCGGGACCCCCCGGUUCUGGGCAUCCCGGGGAGGGUUGAUCCCACUGGGGGUCCCUCCUUCGAGAUCUUCUGGGGGGGCUUCGGGUGCCAGAGCACUGGGCGCUGGGUGGGAGGGGGUCACCCGGCACCCUUGGGUCCCACGGGCAUCUCGGAGCUGAAGGGGUUACAGUGUCGGGUGGGGGUGUCCCUGGGGUGUCCCUGGGGUGUCCCCACUGCAGAGCAGAGAGGGCAGGAUGGUCCCGGGGCACGCGGGGGAUGAGCCCCCCGGCUGGUACAUCGAGGACUCAGGCAGUGGGAUGAUCUACAAGCGGGGACGGCUCCUGGGACAGGGCACCUUCGGGCGCUGCUACCGGGUGACAGAGGUGACCAGUGGCCGGGUCUAUGCACUGAAGGUCGUCCCUCGAGCCGGGCUGGCUGCGGUGGGCACCGGGGACAGGGUGGAGCGGGAGCAGGAGCUGCACCGUCAGCUGAGCCACCGGCACAUCGUCCGCCUGCACCGGCACUUCACCCACCGCGGCCACCUCUGCCUGCUGCUGGAGCUCUGCGGCCGCGGGUCCCUGGCCGACAUCCUGCGUGCCCGGGGCCGGCUGGGGGAGCCGGAGGUGCGGUUUUACCUGCGCCAGGUGAUCUCGGGGCUGCGCUACCUGCACGGACACGGCCUCGUGCACCGGGACCUCAAGCUGAGCAACUUCUUGGUGACGGAGGAGAUGCAGGGCGCUCUGUGGGACCCCCAGUUACCUGGCCCCGGAGGUGCUGGACCGCAGGGGACACGGGGUACACGGCCCUGA